CCCGUCUCUCUCUGAUCAUCAGACCCGCCUGAAGCUGCUGCCGCUCGGCCAGGAUCUUUCGGUCUGUCUGGGGGAAAAGUUUGGUUAGAAGCGACACAACGAGAGAAAGUCUUAUUAUAACUAAACCUGCUUUACUGCACACUCUCAGACCCGGGGUAUCCAAAACAACAGCGGACUUUAUCCGGGUUUUGUUCCCUUAAUUUCAGCCUUUACGCGGCACCAGUUGGAUGAUUUUACCGAGCAUUUCUCCUCGGUUUGUCUGCGGAUGGAAGCGGAAAAGCCGCCCUGUUCUCAGAGAUGCUGCCAGUGAACCAGUAGAGAGAAACUGCAGUGUCCCCCAGCGGGAGCCCUGAGGAUCUAUACCUCCCUGAGGAUCCUGAGCUUUAACUGCACGGAGUUCCUGCUUUCUGACUCCCUCAGAGAUGCCCCUCAGUGAGGAAGCUUCACUCUCAGGAUUCUCUUGGUGAGAAAUGUGAAGGGAACUAAAGUCUGUCGUCUGACGAACCAAACGGCACGUUAGUCUUGGAUGCCGCUCACCUGCGACGCCUUCCUCCCGCCAGGAUGUCGUCACAGAUAGCAGAGACCAAAAUGUCGACCGAUAACUCCCCUCCACCGCCGCCUCUGCCGUCAGCCCCGCCGCGGCCCUUCCCCGUCCUCCCUUAUCACGCCGCCCCGCCCACGCCGUCGCCCUCCCCCAGCCCCCCCGCCACACUCUGCAGCCGGCUGUCCAACGGCAGCCAGUCGGCCCCGAGCCCCUCCGUCUCCCGGGGAUCGUCCAUCCAAGGCGUCUCCUUCCUGCUGCAGAUCGGACUGACCCGAGAGACCGUGACCCUCGACCACGCCGACCCCUCGCUGAGCGCCGUCCGCGAGCUCGUCUGCUCCAUCGUGGAUAAGAAGUUCCCUGAAUGUGGAUUCUUCGGGAUGUACGACAAGAUCCUGCUCUUCCGCCACGACCUGAACUCGGACAACAUCCUGCAGAGGCUGAGCUUAGCGGAGGAGAUCCAUGAAGGAGACCUGGUGGAGGUGGUGCUCUCUGCUCUGGCCACGGCGGAGGACUUCCAGAUCCGACCUCAUGCGCUCUACGUUCACUCCUACAAAGCUCCGGCUUUCUGCGACGACUGUGGAGAGAUGCUGUGGGGACUCGUCAGGCAGGGCCUCAAGUGUGAAGGAUGUGGACUCAACUACCACAAGAGAUGUGCGUUCAAGAUCCCCAACAACUGCAGCGGGGCGAAGAAGAGACGUCUGUCCAACGUGUCGCUGCCGGGCGCCGUCCUGUCCAUCGCUCGCCCCCCGUCCACAGAGUUCACCCCCAUGCCUCUGGAGGAGCGCCCCCUGCUGGGAGCAGUGAAGCGUAACUCCCUGCUGAGUGGACGUCCCAUCUGGAUGGAGAAGAUGGUUCUGGGUCGAGUGAAAGUCCCGCACACGUUCUCCGUCCACACCUACACCCGGCCCACCAUCUGCCAGUUCUGCAAGCGCCUGCUGAAGGGGCUCUUCAGGCAGGGCAUGCAGUGCAAAGAUUGUAAAUUUAAUUGCCAUAAGAGAUGUGCGGCCAAAGUCCCUCGAGACUGCCUCGGGGAGGUGGACUUCAACGGAGAACCGGCGAGUCCCAGUCUGGACUCGGAGGCGACGAUGGAGGUGGACAACAGCGACGCCAACAGCGACGCCAACAGCGACGCCAACAGCGACGCUAACAGCGACGGCGGCCACAGCCUCGACGAGACGGACGACAAGCUGUUCUUCAUCGAGGGGAGCUGCACCGACGGAGAGAAGGACGACGAGACCGUCAGAGCCAUCAGCCCGUCCACCAGCAGCAACAUCCCUCUGAUGCGGUUGGUUCAGUCGAUCAAACACACGAAGAGGAAAAGCUCCACGAUGGUGAAGGAGGGCUGGAUGGUGCACUACACCAGCCGCGACAACCUGAGGAAGAGGCAUUACUGGAGGCUGGACAGCAAGAGUCUGACUCUGUUCCAGAAUGAAAGUGGAGCCAAGUAUUACAAGGAGAUCCCGCUGUCGGAGAUCCUGCAGGUGGAGCCGGCGCAGGACUUCGGGAACUUGCCUCCGGGCAGCAACCACCACUGCUUCGAGGUGAUCACCUGCACCAUGGUGUACUACGUCGGGGAGAACCUGGCAGACCUGCAUCACAACCCGGUGCUGACGGCGUCCGGCGUGGGGCGGGAGGUCGGCCUCAGCUGGGAGAAAGCCAUCCGACAGGCCAUGAUGCCCGUCACUCCCAAAGCCAGCGUCGGGAAGGAGCACAAGGAAGUCUCUAUCAGCAUAUCAGUGUCCAACUCCCAGAUACAGGAGAAUGUGGACAUCAGCUCAGUGUAUCAGAUCUUCGCUGAUGAAGUCCUCGGGUCGGGACAGUUUGGGAUCGUCUACGGAGGUAAACACAGGAAGACGGGCAGAGACGUGGCGAUUAAAAUCAUCGACAAAAUGAGAUUUCCAACCAAACAGGAGAGCCAGCUGAGGAACGAGGUCGCCAUCCUGCAGAACUUGCACCACCCGGGCAUCGUUAACCUGGAGUGCAUGUUCGAGACCCCGGAGCAGGUGUUCGUGGUGAUGGAGAAGCUGCACGGAGACAUGCUGGAGAUGAUCCUGUCCAGCCAGAAGAGCCGACUCCCUGAACGCCUCACCAAGUUCCUGGUCACGCAGAUUCUCGUGGCCCUCAGACAUCUUCACUUCAAGAAUGUGGUCCACUGUGACCUGAAGCCGGAGAACGUCCUCCUGGCCUCAGCAGAUCCCUUCCCUCAGGUGAAGCUGUGUGACUUCGGCUUCGCUCGGAUCAUCGGGGAGAAGUCGUUCCGGCGCUCGGUGGUCGGCACGCCGGCGUACCUAGCCCCGGAGGUUCUGCGCAGCAAAGGCUACAACCGGUCUCUGGACAUGUGGUCGGUGGGCGUCAUCGUGUACGUCAGCCUGAGCGGGACGUUCCCCUUCAACGAGGACGAGGACAUCAACGACCAGAUCCAGAACGCCGCCUUCAUGUACCCGUACAACCCCUGGAAGCAGAUCUCAGAGCAGGCUCAGGACCUGAUCAACAACCUGCUGCAGGUGAAGAUGAGGAAGCGCUACAGCGUGGACAAGUCUCUGAGCCACCCCUGGCUGCAGGACUACCAGACCUGGAUGGACCUCCGGGAGUUCGAGACGCGCCGCGGCGAGCGCUACAUCACGCACGAGAGCGACGACGCCCACUGGGAGGAGUACGCCGACGAGCGAGGCCUUCAUUACCCCAAACAUUUCAUCAUGUCGCCCAACCUGGACGACAUGGACGAGGACCCCUGAAAAACAUUUCCUACGAGGACACACGGGAGACGACACGGGAGACGACACUGUGACGGUCAUUCAGGGCCAGAGAGCUGUUAUUUUAAAACGAGUCAUAACAAACACACCCUGAGAGCCAAAAGCUGGGAGAUUUGAAUCAAACCUCAGCACUGAAGUAAAACAGUCAGACUGUUCACACCUUUUCAGCAUAUUUUUAGAUCUCUCAAAGCUGUGCAGAGAGUUUCGAUGUGACGCUUAAUCAGAAGAGACGGUCUUCUUUAUUUUCUGACUGUAAUGUUUUCGUUUUUGGGAUUUGUCUUCACACUAUUGGGAAACUCUUUAAAAAAAAGGAAUUUCACUGAUAAUAACUUUUGGUUUGUUCUCCUGCAAAAGUCAACUUAAUCCUAACAUGUUCGCUCGUUAAGGAGCAGAACACUACAUUUCAUUAAGUGGAUCAAAACUGGAUUCUUAGCGGAGCGUUAGAGGAGGUCAAGUUUUCAUAUGGUGGCCUUUUAGGGACAUUAUAGACUUGUUACAAAGGAGAAUAUUAACUUACAGUUAGCACCCUAACAGCUACAACAACUGUUAGCAAACAUUGUGAGGCUGUCCAGGAAUGUGCUUUCUUUGACAGAAGUCAUUGAGCAUUGAAGAUAUGUUUCUAAUCAAGAGAAUUUCACCCAAUUUCAACAUCUAUUUACAUUGUAGCAUUGUCACACGCUAACUGUAGCAUGCUAGUCUAAAAUGUCAAUGUAUGAAUGAAGAACAAUUCAGUCUUAUACUUUGUUCUUCUGCUUGUGGUCUUUCUGAUUGUGGAUCAUCUUAACUCACACCACCUGUUGUUAAGGAAAGUUAGCUUUGUCACACAAAGGCUAACCGUAGCAUGCUAAAAGACUACAUGUUAAUAGCUAAUGAACAGUAGCCUAAGCUAUUCCUGUAAUGCUAACUUUGCCACCGUCAGGAAUAAAACUUAAAUGUAUUCAUACUUCACUUAGCCUCAAAGUAGCCUCCUAGAUGAGCUUUUGUAGCUAACUGCUUAGGUAUCUACAAUAUGGAAGCUAACAUUGCUAGCACAGUAACAUUAGCAUGUUAAAAUGCUCUUUGUUAGCCAAUUGAUCGGGAACAAGCAGGACAAUGUCACAUUUAGCUACUUGGUUCCUUAGUAUGUUAACAACACUGUGAAAACAUUUAGCAUUUCAGUGCAACAUGCUAACUAUGCUAACUAAGUAUUUUUCAGUAGGAUUAUUUAAGACUCAGGUAUCAUUGAACUAAAUUGAGAUUAUCAAACGUUAAACUUUUGCAGAGAAACUUAUUUUUGAAGUUAUUUCUUAGAGUUAUUCCCUCUUCUCUGAUGAAGACGAGCUGAGAGUUGAGCUGCUAUUGUCUCCCUUGUCUCUCUGUGACACUGAGCUGCAGCCUGAGAAAUAUUUCACCUUUUAUAUUUUUGCAAUAAAUGUUUGUGUCGUGAUGUGGGGCAGAAAUAAAAGGUUUCCUUUGGGAAAAUCUCAUUUUA